AGGGCUGUGUCUUCUCUCCUAACCCGUGCCCCUUCCGCGUGUUCUGCCAUUGUGAUCUUUUCUGGGUGCAAGCCGAGACAGGACUUCAAGCCUGAGGAAAUCCUCUUCACUUUGCUGAACGUGAAUGCCUUUGGGAACAUCAGCAGCAUUUGUUUGCUAAGAAACACUCUCAGCUAUUUCCAUGAUUUAGGGACUGCCCCGAGCAGCCCAGAGGAGGGCACGAGCCUUGGCGUGAGCGAUCGAGCCCCGCAUCGCCAUGGACACGGUAACCACGCACUCAGAGUGUCAACAAAUGGGCUGAGGAAAACAAACAUCUGGUGAGAGAAAACCUUUCUCCCCCUAAACCCCUCUCUUUGGUGCAUUUCCACCGGAUGGCCUAAAUCUUUUAGUCCUUCCCUCUCUCCUGUAUUGCCGAGUGUUUUGGCAGGAGCCAAAGUGGCACCAGCAGCAGGGGAGCGCAGCACAGUGCACCCCGCUGAGGGUCACCCCCAUGAAGCUCUCAAUCUGUCCUUGUCUUGCCUUCAUUUUUGCUCUACGUUGUCUGUCAUCCUUCCUCUAGUCCCUUCUCUAGGACUUUUGCCCCUGGCCUAUCCUCAUCUCCAGCCAAAACCCAGAUUAUCAGCACACUAUUCCAGGUGCUGUGUGGUUUCAGGGCUGGGUCUGAACGCAAACUCUGUACUUCAGUUUUAGGCAAGCUUUUCAUAUGCCUGGGUAGUAUCUGAGAUAAGGCACUGAUAAUAAUGGUGGUGCUACUCUAACAACUAUUUCCUUUAUUUUUAGAUGAGGAGCCAGACUUAUAACCUGAGUGCCUAAAAUAAUCCAGCGAAUCAGCAUCAAAACUCAAACACGGAAACGUUUCUCCAGGCACCGUCUUUAUAUCACAGUGCAUUCAACAGUGGCUCCAUGGCUCAGGAGGAGAGAGAAGCAGGGAUGGGCAGCCCCGCAAGCGAUCCAGAGUUGGACAGGGACGAGGAAGAUCUGACAAAAGGCCUGGAGGUGCUCUGCGAAGGCCCUGAAGAGGAGAAGAGUGAGAAGGCUCUGCUGCGGGCGCGCCUGGAGGAACAGCAUUGCCUUAUCUGCAUGCUGAAGAAGAAAGCAGAUGAUGCACGCAAGCGCUGCAAAGGCCUGGAGCAGCUCAACAUGGAGCUGGAGAAGCUGAGGCUGGAGGACGCCGUGAAACUGAAGGUGCAGAGCCAACGCAUCCGGCACUUGGAGGGGCUCUUCAUGGACCUGGCCAGCAACCACGAGAAAAUGAUCUACUUCAAGAACGAGCACAAGAAGCAGAACACACAGCUGCGGGAGGAGAAUCAGUGCCUGCGGCAGGAGAACGAGGCUCUCUUCAGCCAAACCAUCCAGGAGAAGGAAGCCGAAGUGUUCCAGCUCGCUGCCCAGGCCCGAAAUCUCUCGCAGCAGUUGGACUCCUUACAUGCGAAAUGUGCUUACGAGAGUCGCAGAGCCCAGGAGCGUGAAAAGGAGCUGCUGGAAGCUCAGAGCCAGCAGGCGAACGCCCACGCCUCGGAGGUUGAUUUGCUGAAGCAGCAGCUGCAGUGCCUCCAGGAGGAGUACCAACAAGUCGCUGCGCGGGUAGAGGACGGAGAGAACCAGCAGAAGGCUCAGGACAGCGAGCUGCAGGCCAAGCUGGAGAGGGCAAACGAGGAGAAAGCGCAGCUGCUGAACCUGGCCAUGGAGAGGGGCAAAGCCCUGCAGGACAAGCAGCAGGAGAUCGUGCAGCUGGGGAGGAGGCUGGAGAGCGCGGAGAGGGCCAGGCUGCGAGCAGAGAAGCGCUUUAUGAAAGGCGCAGCAGCAAACUAUGAUCGGAUGCUCCAGGAGCUCCAGCAGGAGCUAGAGAGCAGCAAGCAAGCGUACAGCGAGCUCUCGCUGCAGUUUGAUGCCUACAAAAAGCACAGCAUGGAUUUACUGGCCAAAGAGAAAGAGCUCAACGUCAAACUCCGUCACUUUAAGGUGUGACUUCAGCUUUCUGCUCUCUUCUCAUCUCAGCAGGUGCCUCUGGUGUAGCACAGCGCUUCUUUUUGUUCCUUUUCAUGCAACCAUCUUCCAGCAGGUUCGCUCUGUAAUGUACUUUCCAGCUUAAAUCCUUCUGAAAAAAAA